GGGCUGCUCAGGUUCAGGCAGCUGGACACUGUCCCUGUCUGGCUGGGGCACAGUGCUUCUGGGCAGUUGAGUAAGAGCCGGGCCCUCAGCAGACAAACAGGCUUGUCUCUAUUGGUGGAUCAGCCAGUAGGUCCACAGGAAGGUUGGAAGUCAAGGAGUUUGGGGGAACUGGGUGAGGAGUUCAGGCCCACUCCUUGUAAAACUUUCCAGGAAGCACUUUUCUACUGGGGCAGCAUCCAGAUACUAGGGUACUCAUUAACCCCCUGGGUACCAGGAAAGGGCAGGAGGUAAGCACUGGGAGGCAGCUGAGGUCAUCCUUCUUUGAACUUCCACGUGGUAUUUACUCAGAGCAAUUGUUGCCAGAGGCCCAGGCCCUGGACUAUAAAGCGGAAUGUCUGCUCUCUGUGCCCAGAACCGAGCAGGCCUCCAUUCACCUUUCUUCUCAGAGAACAUCAUGGCAAGUGUGGCUGCAGUUCUGACCUGGGCUCUGGCCCUCCUCUCAGUGCUUUCAAUCACCCAGGCACGGAAAGGCUUCUGGGACUACUUCAGCCAGAGCAGCACGGACAAAGGCAGGGUGGAGCAGAUCCAGCAGCAGAAGCUGGCACGGGAGCCCACGAGCCUGAAAGACAGACUUGAGCCAGACGUCAGCAAUAUGAACAACUUCCUGGAAAAGCUGGGCCCUUUGAAUGGGCAGGGGAGGGAGCCUCCCGGGCUCCCACACGACCCGGUGGGCAUGCGGCAGCAGCUGCAGGAGGAGCUGGAGGAAGUGAGGGAGCGUCUGGAGCCCUACAUGGCCGAGGUGCACGAGCGCGUGGGCUGGAACCUGGAGGGGUUGCGGCGGCAGCUGCAGCCCUACACGGUGGAGCUGAUGGAGCAGGUGGCCCUGCGCGUGCAGGAGCUGCAGGAGCAGCUGCGCGUGGUCGGAGAGGGCACCAAGGCCCAGCUGCUGGGGGGCGUGGAAGAGGCGCGGAGCCUGCUGCAGGAGCUGCAGGACCACGUGGCAAACCACACUGGCCGCGUGAAGGCGCUCUUCCACCCGUACGCGGAGCGCCUGGUGACCGGCAUCGGGCACCACGUGCAGGAGCUGCACCGCAGCGUGGCGCCGCACGCGGCCGCCAGCCCGGCGCGCCUCAGCCGCUGCGUGCAGGUGCUCUCGCGCAAGCUCACGCUCAAGGCCAAGGCCCUGCACACGCGCAUCCAGCAGAACCUCGACCAGCUGCGUGAAGAGCUCAGCGCCUUUGCUGGCGCCGGUGCUGACGGUGCAGAGGAAGAGGCCCAGCCGGACCCCCAGGUGCUGUCUCAGGAGGUGCGCCAACGACUCCAGGCUUUCCGCCACGACACCUUCCUGCAGAUUGCCGCCUUCACCCGUGCCAUUGACCAAGAGACCAAGCAGAUCCAGCAGCAGCUGGCACCACCUCCGCCAGGCCACAGUGCCUUCGCUCCAGAAUUCCUACAAGGGGACCGAAGCAAGGCCCGGAGCGAGCUGCAGGCCCGCCUCGACGACCUGUGGGAAGACAUCAACUACAGCCUUCGUGACCAUAGUCCUGGCCAUCUGGGGGAGCCCUGAGAGUCUACUUGUCCACGUCCCAGAUUCUUGUCUGGGGAGCCCAAGAUCUGAACCUCUAACAUAGCUAUGUCCUUGACAGUGGCCUUUUGGGCAGAGGGUGGAGGGCCCUGCACAGGAUAGCUGAGGUCACUCAAAGGGCUGUUGUCCUAGGCCAUCCAGCCACCUGCAAUUCCCCCGUCCGGAUGCAUUACAUUCACCAGGCUUUGCAAA